CCGCCGCCUUUUCUGCGCAGACGCAGCCCGGGUAGCCAGCGGCUGGAGGUGCCGCACGGUCCGGAGCGCUCCGGCGGGCGCGAUGGCUCCAGUCAUGCAGCCGGCCGAGAUCCAGUUCGCUCAGCGGCUGGCGUCCAGCGAGAAGGGCGUCCGCGACCGGGCGGUGAGGAAACUGCGCCAGUACUUGAGCGUGAAGACGCAGAGGGAGACAGGAGGUUUCAGUCAAGAAGAACUCCUCAAAAUCUGGAAAGGACUCUUCUACUGCAUGUGGGUGCAGGACGAACCCCUUCUACAGGAGGAGCUAGCAAACACGAUUUCCCAACUCAUCCACGUGGUCAACAACUCAGAGGCUCAACACCUGUUCAUUCAGACCUUUUGGCAGACAAUAAAUCGAGAAUGGAAGGAGAUAGACAAGCUACGCCUGGACAAAUACUACAUGCUGAUCCGCCUGGUCCUGAGGCAGUCCUUUGAAGUUCUGAAGCAGAAUGGCUGGCAAGAAAGCCGAAUCCAGCUUUUCCUAGAUGUCCUGAUGAAAGAGCUCCUGUGUCCCGAGAGUCAGUCUCCGGAUGAUGUCAGGUUCCAUUUCAUUGACAUUUACCUGGACGAACUGUCCCGAGUCGGAGGGCAAGAGCUGUUGGCAGAUCAGAACCUCAAGUUUAUUGACCCGUUCUGCAGGAUUGCUGCCAAGACUAAGGACCACACCCUGAUGCAGACAAUAGCUCGGGGUGUUUUUGAAGUCAUCGCAGAUCAGUCUUCCUUGGCACUUGAAGAGACAGUGGAGGAACAGAAAACGAAUGGGGUGGACGACGACCUCUCUGGAGAAGAGAUUCCUGGAAAUGAGACACUGUGCAAAAAGGCAGUGGGGAAGAGGUCAGUACCGGGCAAGUGCCACUCCAGGAGAGAUGGGAUCCGUGGUGACAGAGAAGGACAUGACUGUGGAACCCUCGCGGACAUGGGGCUGCUUCUCCAGUUUGACUAUAAGGCCGUUGCUGACCGACUCCUAGAAGUAACCAGCAGGAAAAACAUCCCUCCCUUCAACCGGAAACGCCUCUGCAAGCUAAUCAGGAAGUUCCAGGACCUCUCUGAAGCGUCUUGCUCUGGGGUGGAGGACAGCGAGGGUGAAACUCACCCGCAAAGCUCCCGGAGAGCCCGGCUCCUAGACACAGGCGGAGCCGACAGCGUCGCGCUGGCCCUCGAAAGUGGUGCCUCUGCACUCGGUUUCCCCGAGGAGGUUUCUGCAGAUGAAAAUGACCAUGCCCUCAGCCAAAGAAGAAAGAAGAAAAAAAGAAAGAAACCUUCCAGGCCAGCUGAGCUGGAGAUGGAGGGAGGAGACAGAGCCGGUCUUGCUGAGGACAAGGACAGUGAAGGCAGCCUUCAGAAGAGAAAAAGGAGAAAGAGAAAGAAGAGCCAUGUCCAGCCUGAAACCUGCAGCCCCAGCGACACGGCCACCUCCCCGGAACAGAUCCGGAACGGCGAGGCUGGGGCUGUCGAGGCUGCCCCCAGCUGUGGGGACAAGGGUGGCUUGGAGCUGGCCUGCACUGCUGCCGGGCACAAUAAGAGGAAGCGGCAGAGGAAGAGGAGCCUGAGGGCACAGGGGGAGACCUGGGAACCCGCAGUGUUGGCACCCAAGGACAGUGGGCUUCCUCCAGCCGCUGCCGCCCAAGCUUCCCCAGCAGACGGAGCCCAGGCCCCCAAAAGAAAGCGAAAACUUGGGGCUCUUCGGGUCAACGGCAGUGGACUGUCCACACUGGCUUGUCCUCAAGCACAGAAGGAAGGAAACGAUGGCCAGGCCACCCUACCCCAGUGCCGGAGGCCUCCGCACAAGAAGGCGGAGCCGGGGAGCCACGACCUCUGCCCCCUGUCCAGACAGAAGACAGCAGUGUCAAAGAAGAGGAAGAAGAUGAAGGAGGUGUUGAACUUGGUGGAGAACAACGGUGUCCUGAGGUCCACGGUCAGGCAGUUCCAGGCUACGGGAAGCAGCAGAACCCUCACCCCUCUGAAGAAACCACUGAGGACGGAGAAUGACUUUGUGAAGUUCAACACCCCUGUCUUACCGAAGCCCCUGUUCUUUAGAAAAUCAAAGAGCACCUCUGCCGCCCGCCCUCCGGGUGCUGCUGCCCAGCUGAACAAGACCCCGCCCAGCUCCAAGAAAGUCACCUUUGGGCUGAACAGGAACAUGACGGCAGAGUUCAAGAAGACAGACAAGAGCCUCCUGGUCAGCCCCACCGGCCCCUCCCGCGUGGCCUUCAACCCCGAGCAGAGGCCCCUCCACGGGGUGCUGAAGACGCCUGCCAGCUCACCCACCAGCACGGCCCUGGGGACCAGGACGCCGCUGGCCGCCACUCCCAGGAGAAGGCCGAGCGCCAUGGACUUCUUCUGAGCGCACAGAGCCGCUUUUUACAGACUUCUUUUAUACAGAAUAUUCUAUAAAUUAUCACUUUCAAAA